GAGCUGAGCCAAUGGCCGACGUGGUUACUGCAAAGUCCAUUGCGAAGAGAAAGCUUGAGGGGCUGGGCCUGCGGCGGGCUUUAGGGAGUGGUCCCUGGCUGUGGAGAGAUCUGCUGAUGAGUCCAGCCCCCGGCCCGGUCUCCUCGAGCUGCAAGGAUGCUCCUGGGGUUUCGGAGAGGCCGCAGGAGCCAGUUCAAACACAUCAUCCAUGGCCUUUUACCUGCAGCCAGCAUUGCUCCGAAGGCAGCAGUGCCACGUACACCUCCUCCCCGCAGCCCCAACCCAUCUCCAGAGAGACCAAGAUCUGCUCUGGCAGCAGCCAUUCUGGCGACAACAUUGACUGGGCGGACAGUUGCCAUUCCUCAGCCUCGCCAGAGAUCCCGGUCUGAGAGUGACGUGAGCAGUGUUGAACAGGACAGCUUCAUCGAGCCCUAUGCCACCACCUCAGAGCUGAGGCCUCGUCCAAAUUGGCAGAGUGAGAUGGGAAGAAGAUCUUCUUUGCCAUCCUUUGAAACACUAGGCUAUGGGGAAGAAGAGGACAUUGAAACUCAGCUGUCAUCCAGCUGCAAGGAACUGGGGCAUGUCAGUGCCCAGGAGGACAAAGGAGGCCACGGUGAUGACCUGUAUGCUGUGCCACACAGAAAUCAGGUGCCAUUGUUACAUGAAGUGGACAGUGAAGAUGAUGAAAAUAUUUCUGAUCAAGAUGAGUUUCCAGGCUCCCCUCCUACACCACAGCGGAUACAACAAAAAGAUGGUAAAUACUCUGUUCUGAAUUUAAAGGAUGAAAAACCUCCAUUAUGUGAGAAACCUCCACCCUCCCCAGAUAUAACUGGUAGAGCACGUCAAAGAUAUACAGAAAUAACCAGAGAAAAGUUUGAGGUAUUAAAAGAAGAAAAUAUGCACCUAAACAAUACGAAUCAAAGCCUUACCCUUAAACUAAACACAGUGAAACAAGCAAUGAAAGAACUACAGUUAAAACUUAAGGAAAUGGAAAAAGAGAAGAGAAAACUCAAAGAGGCUGAGAAGGCGUCGUCACAGGAAGUUGCUGCACCUGAAUUACUUUAUCUGCGAAAACAAGCUCAAGAACUGGUGGAUGAAAAUGAUGAAUUGAAAAUGACUGUCCAUCGUUUGAAUGUAGAACUCAGUCGAUAUCAGACAAAAUUCAGGCAUUUGUCCAAGGAAGAGAGCUUAAAUAUUGAAGGCCUCCCAUCCAAGGGCCCUAUACCACCCUGGUUGUUGGAUGUAAAGUACCUGUCACCAUUGUUGCUGGCUUAUGAAGAUAUAAUGAAAGAGAAGGACGAGCUCAAUGCCACCCUCAAGGAGGAAAUGAGAAUGUUUAGGAUGCGAGUCCAAGAAGUGGUGAAAGAAAAUGAAGAAUUGCACCAAGAGUUAAAUAAGAGUAGUGCUGUUACCAGUGAGGAAUGGCGUCAGUUUCAGACUCAAGCAAAACUGGUUUUAGAGGAAAACAAGUUGUUGCUGGAGCAGUUGGAGAUUCAGCAAAGGAAAGCCAAGGACAGCCACCAGGAGCACCUCCAAGAAGUUUCUAAGCUGAAUAAACAACUAAUGCUCCUGGAGACGAAAACCCAAGGCCAGGAAAAGGAGCUGGUGGAGAACAGGGAACAGCUGGAGAUUUUACAUGCCAAAUGCCGAGAACUCAAAACACACUCGGAUGGCAAAAUUGCAAUGGAAGUUCAUAAAUCAAUUGUAAAUGAAUUAAAAAGCCAGUUACAGAAGGAAGAAGAGAAGGAAAGGGCUGAGAUGGAGGAGUUGAUGGAGAAGCUGACAGUCCUGCAAGCGCAGAAGAAGAGCCUGCUGUUAGAGAAGAACAGCUUGACAGAGCAAAACAAAGCACUGGAAGCCGAACUUGAACAAGCACAGAAAAUCAAUAGGAAAUCUCAAAAGAAGAUUGAGGUCCUCAAAAAGCUGGUGGAAAAAGCCAUGGGGAACGAAAUGUCUGCUCACCAGUACCUGGCAAACCUUGUUGGCCUGGCAGAAAAUAUAACCCAGGAACGUGACAGUCUUAUGUGUUUGGCAAAAUGUUUAGAAAGUGAGAAGGAUGGAGUGCUCAACAAAGUCAUAAAAAGCAACAUUCGCCUGGGAAAGUUGGAGGAAAAAGUCAAGGGCUACAAGAAGCAGGCAGCACUGAAGCUGGGGGACAUCAGUCACCGUCUGCUGGAGCAGCAGGAGGACUUCGCUGGCAAGACAGCCCAGUACCGGCAAGAGAUGCGGCACCUGCACCAGGUGCUGAAGGACAAGCAGGAGGUGCUGGACCAGGCGCUGCAGCAGAACAGAGAAAUGGAAGGUGAACUUGAAGUUAUUUGGGAAUCUACCUUCAGGGAAAACCGAAGAAUCCGAGAACUUCUCCAGGACACACUCGCGAGGACAGGCGUGCGGGACACCCCCAGAGCUCUGGUGGCCCCCAGCUUCAAUGGCGUCUCUCAGGCAGACCUGCUGGAUGGCUGUGGUGUCCGCUCCUGUGACUUGAAGACUCCUGUCCCCACCUGCCAGAAUCUGCAGGAGCCCGUGGUGUAGGCUUCUCUGGCCUGAAAGGUCUGCCUCACACAGGCCUUCCCUGGAGGGCAGCCCACGGUGGCAGCCAGAGGUGCGUAAGCCCACUGAGCGCUGCAGGGUAGGGAAGAAAUAAAUGGUCUCAUAGUUUAAUCCAUUGAUAA